ACGUCCGAGCUUCCAAAACUUUCAUUGACCGGAGAAAUUUUUUCCUUUCUUAUAACACCUCUGCCGUCCUUGCUCAAUGGAACACUGACAAAGAGUUUGUGCUUUGUGACUCGGAGAAUAAGAAAGAAAUCAUGUCAGGCCCUCAGUGCUGCUCAAACCCACCAGCCCUGAACCCAUCAAGUGGCUCUGGCCAUGUUGAAAAGUUUGGUGGUUUCAAUUCCUAUGUCACUGGCUCCCCUGACUCUAAGCUUGCCAUUCUUCUCGUCCAUGACGGUUUUGGAUAUGAAGCUCCAAAAGCUAGGAAGCUCGCGGACAAAAUUGCAGCUGCUGGGUUCAUUGUUGUGCUCCCUGACUUCUUCAAUGGAUACCCUUUUGAUGGGAACCUUGCCUCUCUCCCUGUUUGGAUAAAAGCUCAUGGAGUGGACAAGACAAUCGAAGAUACAAAACCAGUAAUCGAAGCUUUAAAAAGUAAAGGCAUUUCUGCAAUUGGUGCUGUAGGUUUCUGUUGGGGGGGCAAGGGUGUGGUCGAACUUGCAAAGUAUGACUUUAUCCAAGCUGCAGUUCUGUGUCAUCCUUCAUUCGUCACCGUGGAUGAUAUCAAAGCGGUUAAAGUUCCCAUUUCUGUACUUGGAGCUGAGAUUGAUCAGCAGUCUCCACCAGAAGUCAUGAAGCAAUUUGAAGAGGUUUUAUCUGCAAAACCUGAGAUUAAAAGCCAUGUGAAGAUAUUCCCAAAAGUGGUACAUGGAUGGACCUUGAGGUACAACGAUGAAGACGAAGCAGCUGUUAAGGCUGCAGAGGAGGCUCAUCAAGACUUGCUGGGGUGGUUCUUGAGCCAUGUCAAGUGAUUCGCAUCAUCAGUGAAAUGCUUUGUUGACACUUCAGAAGAACACAGUUUGGUGUAGCUUAAUUAUAUUGUCAAUUGCUUUAUGUAUCAUGGUUAGAUUAUGCCCUGCACUUCUAUGUACCAAUAUUUGUAUUUAAUUGC